UCAGCCGCGUCGUCAGAACAUUCAAUCACAUCCGCGUGAGCCACACUGCCCGCUAGAUUUGGAUUUUGUUGACAGCUAGAGCUACCUAAACCGCAUUCAUGCAAGGUAUUCAAUGAGACAGCUUGUUAGAUUGUUACAACUUCACAAAAGGAAAUAUUAAUAAGCAAAUAGCAAGUCAACCGACGCAUAACUAGCAAACCAUUUCUGUCAUUGAAAUGGAGGGUGACAGGAUGGAGGUUGGCAACCUCAAGCAAAACCCCAACAACCUUGUCAACGUCCAUGUAGAAGUUCAUGUCAAAUCUCAAAGCACUGCAAAGCAAUCUGACGUUAGGACACACGUUAUGGCUUUGCUGAACCGCCAUUCCAUGGUUUUUGGUAAUUACAAAUGGUCAGAGUUUGAUGAAGACUUCCUCAGCAAACAUGUGGCAUCGGUGGCCAUAGUGGAUUCAGAGAGACAGCCUAUGGACCUAAAGAACUGCAGUCUGUCCAUCUACAUCUUCACUCUUAAUGAUGACGGACCAAGCAUGCUCAGCUUGGAGGAGGAGGAGGAACUAUCCGCAGCCAAUCACUGGCUCCUUCCAGCAGCUGAAUUUCAUGGAAUUUGGGAGAGUCUGGUCUAUGAAAAUGGUGUAAAAAAACAGCUCUUGGACUAUGUCUCAACAACACUCUUCUUCUCAGACAAAAAUGUAGACAGCAACUUAAUAGCAUGGAACCGUGUCGUGCUGCUUCAUGGACCCCCAGGCACAGGAAAGACAUCUCUAUGUAAAGCCCUUUCCCAGAAACUGUCAAUCAGACUAUCAAACAGGUAUUCCUAUGGGCAGUUUGUGGAGAUAAACAGUCACAGUUUGUUCUCCAAGUGGUUCUCAGAGAGUGGGAAACUGGUGACUAAGAUGUUCCAGAAGAUUCAGCAGCUGAUUGAUGACAAAGAAGCUCUUGUGUUUGUCCUGAUUGAUGAGGUGGAAAGUUUGACGGCAGCAAGGACAGCCUCCCAAGCAGGAACUGAACCCUCAGAUGCCAUCCGAGUGGUCAACUCUGUCCUCACACAACUGGACCAGAUAAAACGACAUCCAAAUGUUGUGAUCCUAACCACCUCUAAUGUGACUGAGAAGAUAGACCUGGCGUUUGUGGACCGAGCAGACAUCAAGCAGUACAUCGGCCCCCCGUCUGAGCAGGGCAUCUACAACAUCUAUCUCUCCUGCCUGGAGGAGCUCAUGAAGUGUCAGAUUGUGUACCCCCGGCAACAACUGUUCACCGUAUUUGAGCUGGAGACCAUGGGUUUCGCAGAGAGUGAGGUGUCUGUGCACAGUCUGGUUCUUUGGAGACUUGCACUGAAGAGCAAAGGCUUGAGUGGACGAGUUCUGCGGAAACUGCCGUUUUUGGCCCAUGCACUUUUUGUAAAGACCCCUAUAGUGACUCUGGAGAGUUUCCUGGAGGCCAUGGACCAAGCAGUAGAUAAACAGAUGGAGGAGAAGAAAGAUAUGGUGAAUUGUGUGUGAUUUGGAAUGAGCUACUCAGGUCUUCCACUGCUCAUUGGUUGAAUGGAUGUGGUGCUUAAAGACUAUGUGAAAAUAUAAUAAAGCUACAAUAUGUUUGUACCUCUAGGAACGCUUUUAUUUCUCUAACUUCAAAGUUUAAUAAAAUAUACAUAAGAUUGCAGUAUUUUUACAUGCUGUGUGCUGUAUUGUUAAAUAAUCAUAAUUAUAUGUUUACAACCCACACAGUCAUA